AUGGUGGGCCCUUCACAAGUUGAUGACUUUUCUACUAUCCCGGCCAACGAGCAAGGCAUAAUUCCAAGAUGUAUCGACGUUCUCUUCAGUUUCCUCAAAGCCAAGACCGACCACCUGACCAGAGACGAAUUCCAAAGCGAAAUGCACAUCUCUUAUGUGCAGCUGUAUCAAGAAGAGUGGUAUGACUUGCUGGAUGGCAACGUAAAACUUCAAUUUCGUACAUCGACGGGAUUAAAUUCCAAGCGGUUCAAGGUUACUUCCCCAGCGGAAGCUCUGAAGCUUCUUUCCGAAGGAUGGAAUGCGAGAAAGACGGCGGAAACGAGGAUGAACAGAGCAUCGAGUCGAUCCCACUGCGUUUUCGUGAUCGAGCUUACAACGGAAGAACUUGUCGACGACCUUGCGGAGCGGCGCACCUCAAAACUACACCUCGUUGAUUUGGCUGGAUCGGAGCGCAUUGCACAAACUGGCGUGGAAGUUAACAUGAAAAUUACGGGCAACACAGUGAUGACUUUGAGCAACGAAGUGAACAACCUGAAUCAGCAAUUCCAAGAUGCACAAUUAGAAUACAAAGCAAUGCUACAAAAGCUUCAAGAAGAAAACCAAGAUUUAAAACGGCUGACACUGAAACAAAACGCCGAAAUCGACGCUUUGAAAACAAAGCUUUGUUUUGUAGAUAAGCGAAUUGCUUUGCAAACUCCAAAAACAUCUGCCAAACGCCGCCGCACUUUAUAUGCCUCAUCGGAAGAAGUUCGCAGAUCCGUAGAAAGGGUCCGAACACUCAAGCUUGAUGACGAAAAGGAAGUAGCACCUCACGUGUACAUUGCUGAAAAAAACAUGGCCUCAUUUUCCCAAGAAGAAAACAAAGAGAAUGAUCUAGAAAUUGAGCUGAAUCUUCAUAGACAACUUAUUGAAGAGAAAAAACAGGAAAUUCUGGCCCUAAAGGAUCAAGCAAAUGCGGUUCAAGCAGAAGCACAAAUACGGGCUGAAAGUUUGACGAAGCAAUUGGAGGAAGGACGUAGAACGAUAGGCUGGCUAGAGAGAAACAACCUGGAGAUGACGAAACAGAAUGCAAAUUUGAUUAAGGAGAAGCAAUCAAUCGAGUCACAACUGAUGGAUGUUCAGUCAGCACACAGAAAAACGAUGGAGCUGCUUGACGAUCAGAAUCAUCAUCCGUGCACGCCAGUUGGCCCAAGAGCCUCGAUCUUCAACGCCCUUGCCGUGCCUCAUCAUCCAGUCCUUCGCGAAGUCCUGCGAGCUUGUCUUGUACUUCACGUCUUAUGCCAACGUUCCAUCGUGGUCCCAGUUGCAAAUCAGAAGAAUGUUUUUACGCUCACAAAGACGUGUGAUUUGUUGAACGCAUUU